CGGCCGGGGAGCGCGCACACGCCGGCCCCCCGCCCCGCCGCUCUCCCCGCCCUCGCCGCGAGCCUUCCGCGUCCACCUAGGGCCCCAGGUGCGGCGCGGGGCGCGGGCGGGAGCCUGGCAGCGGCCGGAGCGGCGAGCCGGGGGCAGGAGGGUCCGCGCGUCCGCCCCGAGCCCCCUCGGAAUCCCGCCGGUCCCGGUUCCGCCGCCGGGAACUGCCGGGACGCGUCCUGUGCAGGCAGUAGCCGGGAUCCACCUCGUAUUGGCAACUUUCUCCUUUUUUUUUUUUUUUGGCGGGGCGGAGGGCGCGGCAACGUUGUAUCCCCGCCCCCGCUUUCUGGCCCACGCAUCUGUCUGAAAAAUUGCGGGACUCGGGGAAGGGCGGGGACCCGCGAAUCAGAGCUGGAGCGGCAGCGCCCGCGCGCCUAGAGGGCGGCCAUGGCCGAGGAGAGCGCCGAGGUCCCCGGGGAGCUCACAGAAAGCAUAAAGGAUGUUAUUGGCAGAAAGAUAAAAAUUUCAGUGAAGAAGAAAGUGAAGUUGGAAGUGAAGGGAGACAAAGUUGAAAACAAAGUGCUGGUGCUCACGCCAUGCCGAGCCUUCCUCGUAACAGCCAGAAUCCCCACCAAGCUUGAAUUGACAUUCAGCUACUUGGAGAUACACGGUGUCACCUGCAGCAAGCCAGCCCAGAUGGUUGUAGAAACUGAGAAGUGUGGCAUCUCCAUGAAAAUGGCAUCACCCGAGGAUGUGAGUGAAGUGCUGGCUCACAUUGGCACCUGCCUGCGGAGGAUAUUUCCUGGUCUCUCUCCAGUGAGAAUCAUGAAAAAAGUCUCCAUGGAGCCGUCUGAGCGACUGGCCAGUCUCCAGGCUCUGUGGGACAGCCAGACUGUGGCUGAGCAGGGUCCCUGUGGUGGAUUCUCUCAGAUGUAUGCCUGUGUUUGUGACUGGCUUGGAUUUUCAUACAGGGAAGAAGUACAAUGGGAUGUCGAUACAAUUUAUCUGACACAAGAUACCAAGGAAUUGAAUUUACAAGACUUCAGUCAUCUUGACCACAGGGACCUAAUACCUAUCAUUGCUGUUCUGGAAUACAAUCAGUGGUUCACAAAGCUGUCUUCUAAGGAUCUAAAACUGUCCACUGAUGUCUGUGAACAGAUCUUGAGAGUGGUAAGUAGGUCCAGUCAACUAGAAGAAUUGGUGUUGGAAAACGCUGGACUUCGAACAGAUUUUGCACAAAAACUGGCCACUGCUCUAGCACAUAAUCCCAGCUCAGGACUCCACACGAUCAAUCUUGCUGGCAACCCCCUGGAGGACCGAGGUGUAUCCUCUUUAAGUAUUCAAUUUGCCAAACUCCCAAAAGGAUUAAAGCAUUUAAAUUUAUCUAAAACCUCACUGUCACCUAAAGGGGUGAAUAGCCUUUCCCAGUCACUCAGUGCCAACCCGCUGACCGCCAGCACCCUUGUCCACCUAGACCUCUCAGGAAACGUCCUUCGCGGAGACGACCUCUCGUGCAUGUACAGUUUUAUGGCCCAGCCAAAUGCCAUUGCCCAUCUGGAUUUGUCCAACACAGAAUGUUCCCUGGACAUGGUCUGUGGAGCUCUCCUCCGUGGAUGCCUUCAGUGUUUAGCUGUGCUCAAUCUCUCCAGAACUGUCUUUUCUCACCGGAAAGGAAAAGAGGUACCCCCAUCUUUCAAACAGUUUUUUAGUAGUUCUCUGGCUCUGAUGCACAUCAACCUUUCAGGCACAAAACUGUCUUCUGAACCCUUAAAAGCACUGUUACUGGGCCUGGCUUGUAAUUAUAACUUAAAGGGAGUUUCUCUUGAUCUCAGCAACUGUGAGCUGAGAUCGGGAGGUGCACAAGUAUUAGAAGGUUGUAUCGCGGAAAUCCACAACAUCACCAGCUUAGACAUCUCUGAUAAUGGUUUAGAAUCUGACCUAUCUACCUUGAUAGUGUGGCUCAGUAAAAACAGAUCAAUACAACACCUGGCAUUAGGCAAAAAUUUUAAUAAUAUGAAAUCCAAAAAUCUGACACCUGUGUUGGACAACUUAGUACAAAUGAUUCAAGAUGAAGAAUCACCCCUGCAGUCCUUGUCCCUGGCCGACUCAAAACUCAAGACUGAGGUCACCAUCAUCAUCAAUGCCCUGGGAAGCAACACCUCCCUGACCAAGGUGGACAUCAGUGGGAACGGGAUGGGGGACAUGGGAGCACGGAUGCUGGCCAAGGCGCUGCAGAUCAACGCCAAGCUCAGGACUGUAAUAUGGGACAAGAACAACAUUACUGCACAAGGCUUUCAAGAUAUAGCUGUUGCAAUGGAAAAACUGCCAGCCCAGGCUGGUCUUUAUAAGAAGCCAAGAAUAGAAAACUAUCUGCUCCGGAAUCAUGAAACCAGGAAAUACCUUCAAGAGCAGGCCUACCGCCUACAGCAGAGCAUCGUCACCAGCACCACACAGCAGAUGAUUGACAGAAUAUGCGUGAAAGUACAGGACCAUCUCAAUUCUUUACGAAAUUGUGGGGGAGAUGCUGUCCAGGAAGAUUUAAAAUCAGCAGAAAGGCUCAUGUGUGAUGCCAAGAACUCUAAAACGUUGUUGCCAAAUUUAUACCAUGCUGGUGGUGCAUCUUGGGCGGGAGCCAGUGGCUUGUUGUCCAGUCCGAUUCAGGAGACCCUGGAAUCAAUGGCUGGAGAAGUUACAAGAGUUGUAGACGAACAGCUAAAGGUGUUGCUUGAGGCCAUGGUGGAUGCUGCAGAGAAUCUUUGUCCCAACGUGAUGAAGAAAGCCCACAUUCGACAAGACUUGAUUCAUGCCAGCACGGAGAAGAUUUCCAUCCCACGUGCCUUUGUUAAAAAUGUUCUGUUGGAGAAGUCUGGAAUCGAUAUCCUUAACAAAAUUAGUGAAGUUAAGUUGACCGUGGCCUCCUUCCUCUCCGAUCGGAUCGUGGAUGAAAUUCUGGAUGCACUUUCGCGCUGCCACCAUAGACUGGCGGACCAUUUCAGCAGACGUGGCAAGUCCCUUUCUCAACAAGAGUCCUUAGCGUUUGAGCUGGCUGAGGAGAAGCCAGUGAGACCGUCCGUUAUCGCAGUAGAGGAGCUCACGGACAUGGAGCGUCUGGAAGAUCUGGACACUUGCAUGAUAACUCCUAAAUCCAAACGGAAGAGUAUCCAUAGCCGAAUGCUGCGGCCUGUUUCCAGGGCCUUUGAAAUGGAGUUUGAUCUGGAUAAAGCGCUGGAAGACGUGCCGAUUCACGUAGAAGACCCUCCUUUCCCCGACGUCAGACAAGAGAGGCGGAGCUCAGGAUUCGUUUCUGAGUUGCCCUCUGAAGAAGGGAGGAAGCUGGAGCACUUCACCAAGUCGCGGCCGAAGCGGGAUAGGAAGCAGAAGCCCACCCAGGCGGCGAAGCUUGGGAAUGAUGCCUUCUCCCAGGAUUCUUCCAGCCUGGUCUUGAGCAGCACAGAACGGGUGGAUGGAGGUGGUGCAGUGCCCAAAGUGCACCCAGGUCUUCCAGAGAGCCACUUUGGCUUGGGGACACCAGAAAAGAAUGCUAAAGCAGAACCCAAAGUGGAGGCAGGCUCCAGGCCUUGGAGCUCCUGCAGCACACCUACCAGCCCCAAGUCCCUCCUGCAGUCCCCCAAACCCAGCCUGGCGGCACGGCCCACCAUCCCACAGAAGCCAAGAACUACCUCGCGGCCUGUAAAUGUGCACUUUUGGGGAUUGGGGGGGUGCUUUAAUUUUCAGAAGCUUGGGAAUGAUGCCUUCUCCCAGGAUUCUUCCAGCCUGGUCUUGAGCAGCACAGAACGGGUGGAUGGAGGUGGUGCAGUGCCCAAAGUGCACCCAGGUCUUCCAGAGAGCCACUUUGGCUUGGGGACACCAGAAAAGAAUGCUAAAGCAGAACCCAAAGUGGAGGCAGGCUCCAGGCCUUGGAGCUCCUGCAGCACACCUACCAGCCCCAAGUCCCUCCUGCAGUCCCCCAAACCCAGCCUGGCGGCACGGCCCACCAUCCCACAGAAGCCAAGAACUACCUCGCGGCCUGAGGACAUCCCGGACUCCCCCUCCGGCCCUAGUUCCCCUAAAGUGGCUCUUCUUCCACCUGUCCUGAAAAAGGUUCCGUCAGACCAGGAGAGAGGCGGCCAAAGUAGCCCCCAGCCCAGUCCCAGGACAUUUUCCCAAGAAGUAGUGCAAAGAGGAGAUUAUUACAAAAGACAUUCAGAUCAUGACAGUGGCAAGCCUUCCAGUAGAGGGAAAAGAUCUUCAAAACUGUACUCCACCAUUGCAGAAGAGGAAGUGAAUGCAAUUGGGCACAGGAAGUCACAGCCAGCAAAUGUUUCGAGGAGGAGCUGGGGCCAGCAGGCCCAGGAGCACCGAGAACACAAGCAGUGGUCCCCCAGUAAAGAUGGCCCCCAAGGGAGCAAAUCUAGCGACUCUGGGGAAGAAGCAGAAAGACAGUUUAUUUUUGUGUAAAAGCCAUCCAUGCAGAAUCCAGGUGUGCGGGGCGCCUGUGUUCAGCCAUCGGGGAGGAGCCGGGGGCAGCACCUCCCCCUCCUUCCUGAGCUCACUUCUCCUGGUGCCUUUUUCUUUUGUUUUUCCUUCUGUCUCUACUCUUUCUUUCUCUAAACAGAUCCAUUUUUUGGUAAUCAAAGCACAUUUGUUUGGUCUUCUCCCAGCUUUGGCAUUUGAUUUCUAAGCAUUGCCUAUGCCUUCAGCGAAUGCCAGCGAUGAUCCCAGGGGCCCUACUCGAACUGCUCUGAGGCAGCUAGUUUGUCCUGCUAGAUGAGUUUUUGGAGGUAAGCAAAGUAACCGGAUGCACCCUCACACAAAUAACGGCAUCCAGCUGCCUGGGGUACUACUGCGUACCGGAGUCAGACCUGCACUUGCCUACAGAGCAGUGUAUUCUUGAUGUAUGCAUUUGCACAUUGUAACUAUAUUAACAGAGCACACUAGUAAAUACUUUGUACAAAUUAUGUAUAUUAGGUCUGGCGAUAGCUUUUACAUUCUCCCACGGGGACCUCCUUGGUUCCUGGUGUGGGAUUGUACAUCUGAACUUGGUCGGUGACCUUUGCGAUGCCGUCAGCAAGCAUGGAGUGCAGGAGGCCCACAGCCAUUUUACCAUGUGCCCCGAUUAAUGUGUAUAGUUGAUUGGAAUGAGGUUUUAUGAAUAUUUGUGUUUUAUGAAGUCUUUUAAUUUCUGUCUGCAUAUUAGCUUUUAAUGCGUGAUUUUAAGAGAGAAUACUUUGACACCUGUAAAAAAAUCAAAAUACUACUCUCUAAGACAUUUCACAAAUACAUUACAGGCUGAACAUAUUUUAUUCAUAUGUAUAUUUAUAGCAAUAAAAUGAUUUUACAAAUGGAA